AUGGAUUAUCGAAAAACGAUGAUGGAAAAAUUCCAAAAAAUGAGAUUACGUCAAAAAGAGAUACGCAGUGCAGCGGUGAAUAAAAAGGAACCUGCACCAGAUAAGACAAAAAGUAAACGAGAAAGGCGAAAAGCAAAAGGUAAUGAUGAGAAGUCAAGUAGAGCUGAGAAAAAUGAUUUUUUUAACACAUUUUCGUUGAGAAGUAAACGAGAACGAAAGAGGAAGAAAAAAGAAAAAUUAAACGAAAGUAAAAGUAAACGAGAAAAAAAGAAAAAUACGGAAGAAAAAUCGAUAAGAGCUAGGAAAAAAAAAUUAAGGGAACUUCCGGUUACUGAUGAACAAAAAGAGAAUUAUUCAAAUUUUUUAUUGGAAAUGUUUGAGCUUGGUGUGGAUGGAAUUGUGAAGCAAUAUCAAGCUGAUCUAAAAACGUACAUUCCACCAGAUAUGUCACAUACAGCAUUCGAUAAAAAUAUGAAAAAAAAUCGUUAUAAGGAUGUGAUAUGCAUUGAUAAGACACGUGUUGUAUUGCAGGAGGGAGAAUCUGACUAUAUUCACGCAAACCACGUUAAAGGUGAUCCAUUCCUGAACUCAUUCAUUUGUACUCAGGGACCAAUGAAAAUAACAGUAAACGAUUUCUGGAUUAUGAUAAUGCAAGAAAAAGUAAGCAAUAUUAUUAUGCUCUGCAAUAUUCUUGAAGCUGGCAAAAACAAAUGCUUUCAAUACUGGCCACAAGAUGUUGGCUCAUCGCUUACAUUUGGAGAUAUACAAGUAUCAUGUUCUGAGGUUAAUGAUAAUAAGGAUACAACCUUUAUAAUAUCAACUUUACAAGCUGAAAAUAAAAAUAUUCGAUUAACUAUCAAACACAUACGGUGGAAAGAAUGGCCUGAUAAAGGUGUACCAACAAGUGUAUUGGCUCCAUUUCGGAUAUUAAGAAUUGUACGACAGUCGCUGCAUCGUACUACGGUUGUUCAUUGCUCAGCAGGUAUUGGUCGUACCGGCUGCAUAGUUGCUAUCGAAAUGGGUUUACAACAAAUUCUAUCCGGAAAACCGUUGUUUCUUAUUGAUAUGGUUAAAAAAUUAAGAUCGAUGCGUAUGAGUGCUAUUCAAACUGAUGAACAACUUGUAUAUGUGGUACGAUGUUUGGUUGCAUAUGCAGAUGCAUGUGGAUUAUUCAAUUCGAAACCUGAAUUACAAGAGAAAGCUGAAAAAUUCUCCGAUGAAUAUACUGCUAUGCUAGCAGCUAAAAAAGCUGCAAGAGAACAGAAAAUUACAGCACAACCGGAAACUGAACGAACUGAUGAUCAGGCAGCAAUAAUGAAAGUAGAAGAGAAGAAAGAAGAACCAUCACAAAAAUCAAAACAAUCAGUACAGGAAGUUAUAGAACGUGCAGCAGUGUUAAGAUUAGAACCACCAAAAAUUGAACAAAAGCAGCCACAACCGUUGCAGAUAUUUGCGAAUGAGAAGCAAUCAUCGAAAGUUGAACAAGCGCCUUCUGCUGUUCCGGUUCAACAGAUCGAGAAAUCAACUCAACCGAUACCAGCACCUCUUGCUGAUAUAGUUCAAGGACAGUUGAAACAAGUCCAGCUAAUACCAACUGCUCCUGCUGUCCCAACUCAUCAAUCACAGAAGCAAAUUCAACCGGUACCAAAAGGUCCUGUUGUCCCGAUUCAGCAACCGCACAAACAAAUCCAACCGGUAUCAAUAACUCCUGCUGCUCCCGUUCAGCAACCACAGAAGCAACUUCAACAGAUACCAAUAGCUGCUGCUGUCCUAACUCAGCAAACGCAGAAGCAAAUUCAACCGGUACCAAAAGGUCCUGUUGUCCGGAUUCAGCAACCGCACAAACAAAUUCAACCGGUAUCAACAACUCCUGCUGUCCCAAUUCAGCAACCACAGAAACAAAUCCAACCAGUACAAACAGCUCCUACUCCUACUGUUCCAAUACUGCAACCGCAGAAGCCAGUCCACUCGGCACCGAGAGUUCUCGUUGUCUCAACUGAGCAAUCUCAGAAACAAAUUCAACCGGUACCAACAGCUCCUGUUGUUCCAACUCAGCAACCACAGAAACAAGUUCAACCGGUACAAACAGCUCCUACUCCUACUGUUCCAACACUGCAACCGCAGAAGCCAACCCAAUCUGUCCCAACUGAGCAAUCUCAGAAACAAAUUCAACCAACAACUCCUGCUGUUUCAACUCGGCAACCGCAGAAACAACUACCAGUAAUCGCAAAGUCGAAGUCAACACAAAAUCCAGCACUGAAACCGACUCAAAUACCAUCCUUGUCAACAACACAGAGUAAAACAUCGAAUUAUGAGCCAAGCAAUAGAAAAAGGUAA